AUGGGGUUCGCAUCCGCGUAUGAUACCUGGGUAACACCUAUGGCCCGCGAGGCUGUAAUCUUCGGCCCUAUGGUGUGCUUCUGGUUCUUGCUUCAGUACAUCUUUACACGGAUACUGCCGUCGUGCAUGCCGAACUGGAAGCGACUGACGAGGGCUCAACAAGAUGACAUGAUUGUGCGGUGCUGCAGCAUCGUCAACGGCUGCAUAAUGUCCGUGUCUGCCGUCCUUUUUUUUGUCAAUCUCAUCAAAAACGGCGGUUUGGUAGCGAGCGACCUGUACGCGACGGUGCCUUACUAUCGAUUUAGCCGGGUGACCAUCUCCGCCUACUUUGUGUGGGAUAUAUUCGUGUGCUUCUACUAUAACUGGACCUGGGCAUGGAAGCUACACGGCUUCUGCAGUUUCGUUGGCAGCUACAUCCUCCUCUUUCCCUUCUCUGAAUACUACGCCGGGUAUUACACUGGCUGCUUUGAACUGAGCAACGGCUUCCUGCACGCCUCUGUGAUGCUGCGCACCAUGUCGGCCAUCUCAGACCAGCGGACGCAGUGGCUCCUCAUCGGAACCCUCAACCACUGCGCUACCGUGUGCGAGUACAUCUUUGGCGGCCUCUACGCUCUCAUCCGCGUCCUUGGCGGCACCUACGUCACCGGCAGCUGGAUGUGCAACCUGCUGAGCGCAUGGCGGUCCGACAUCGUCCACGGUGGCGAGCCCGGGUACGCACCGAAGCUGCACAAUGAGGUGGCGGUGGGGAUUGCUUUGCUCGCCUUGUCUGUUCUGCAACUGCUGCAAUACUUCUGGUUUGGUGAGAUCUUCAAGCGUGCCAUGGGUGGCGGUGUUGGCGCAGAGGACAAGAAAGGGGCAGCUUCUGGCGCCGCUGCUGCUGGCGAGUCGAAGGCUGUGGACAAGAAGAGGAGCUGA